AGAAGCGGCGGGCGGUGACCUGUGAGGACGUAGAGAGGAAAAAUGACUGAACAGAGACGUGAUUGUUCUGUUUUGCCUUCGACACCAGUUAACAUUUGGCUCGCUUCAGCGAGUUAAACGGGAUUAACAGCGACAGUAAGCUGCAGUCAAACUAUCCAAGAAACGGAAUGUCGUCACAGACAGAAUCGACGGUCGGUGAAUUUCGUCGGAGAGACCUCGGACGGUGCUAAACGGCUAACUGUCUGAUUGAAAUUAGACUGUGUUGCGCUUAUUUUAACAGCUUUAGUUAAUCAAUCGGUGUUUUAGCUGUUUGCUAAAUGACAGUAUUUAUCCGUAAAGUAAACACCGGGUGACAGCCACGUCACCUAGCUUCUUUCUCUCUUUUACUAUAAGCACCGCAGUGCUCUUGGUUCGCUAUUUUUGUAGUUAUUUUCUAACAAAAACCUCCAGUGGUUUUUCUUCGGCCAUGGCUCCAAUGGGCAUCCGCCUGUCACCGCUCGGUGUGGCCGUUUUCUGCCUCCUUGGAGUCGGCGUUAUCUACCACCUGUAUGCCGGGGUCAUCUCCAGCCGCCUGGCUGCUUUCAGACAGACGAGAAAAGUGGAUCUGAGAGACCUGCUGGCUGUCUCAGUGGAGGCUGCAGUACUGGGUGGCAUAGAGGUAAAGAAGGUGCGUGAUGAAAACGGUCUGAAGGAGAAGUCAAAAGGAAAGACAAGAGAGGGAGCCAAUGAGCUUCUGACCAUGGGUGACCUGCAGUCACAUAGAAAGAUGUUUAACCUUAUAAGGAAUACCUUCCCUGAAAUCACGGUGAACAGUGAGGAACAUGACAACAUGGUGGAUAAGGCGGCAACCUGGAGCCAGGACAUUCCAGCUGACAUACUAGACAAGAUAAAGGCGGGAAAAGACGUUCCUGCUGAGAGCAUCACUGUGUGGAUCGAUCCUCUGGACGCUACACAGGAAUAUACAGAGAACCUUGUCAAGUAUGUGACCACAAUGGUAUGUGUGGCUGUAGAUGGUAAACCAAUCAUUGGGGUCAUACACCAGCCAUUCACUGGGUUCACUGCCUGGGCGUUUGUGGGUCAGGGAUCAAAUAUGCAUCCCCGGUCGUCCUACAGUGUAAGCCCUCCAAAGGUGAUAGUAUCACGUUCCCACUCUGGGGAAGUUAAAAGCUAUAUUCAUGAUGCUUUUGGAAACAACACAUCAAUCACAGAAGCAGGUGGUGCAGGGUACAAGGUCCUGUCGCUCUUGGAGAUGCCCUCAAGUGAUACAGAGUCCAUAGACCAGGCAGACGCUUAUGUCCACAUCACCUUUAUUAAGAAAUGGGACAUCUGCGCUGGUGCAGCACUACUUAAUGCACUGGGAGGCCACAUGACAACACUAAAGGGAGAGGACAUCGACUACAGUGGGGCACCACUCAACAAAGGAGGACUGGUGGCCAGUGUUAAUGUGGACCAUAAGGCCAUCGUGGAGAGACUACCAAACUGGGACCCUGAGAAGCACUGAAAGACACAAACACAGAGCCAUUGGUAGUCUGGUCAGGUUGUGGUAAGAGCAACAUGUGGCAGUCCUUUUCUGUAACUAAGAAUAGGCUGUAAACAUAACCAGGCCUCAUCAUCAUGAGAUCGGGAUCAACCAAUCAGAUGGAUUGUCAGAUGGAGUCACUGGCACGGGCCACUGAGCAGGACUGUGGAUCCAACAUGACUGCAGCUGGAAACUGCAAUGGCUGACACAAUGGCUCUGAAUGCACACUCCCUUUCAUGCAUACAUACUUGCAGCUAGGAAACAGUACAUCUUCCUCUCUACGUGCACGCACACACACACACACACACGUACACACAAAAACAUGCUCACAAUGAACACUGGACAGCAGUCGCCCUCCCUGAGUCCCCUCCCUUCACCUUCAGAGGACAGCAGGAUAACUAAUGUGAAAUGUUGAACUAAGGAGCACAAUGCUGAACAUUACAGCAAAACCUACAAAGUGACUGACAUCGUUGUCUUUUAUCGUUUUAAGUCUAAUCUUCAUCACAUGAUGUUCUAGUGAAAACACAGGAAUAAAGAGCCCCAUGAAUUGCACACAGGCACGGUAUCAUAAAUGUCAACAUCAGCUUAGCUCAGUUAGUGAAACAACUACCUAGAAAUAUUUGAGACCGGAUAGAAACUGACAGGGAACAAUGAGCUUCAGUGGUUCUAGUCUCUGGCCACUAAGAUGCCACUUCACCAACAAUCCCUCUGUUCACCAGCAUCACACAACAAUUCGCUUCACUUUAAAAAACGUUUGUAAAGCAGUGCCACUUCAUUGAACAGAGCAGUGUGCACUGAGUCAAACUUAAAGGUCAGACUUACAUGGAAAGAAAAACAUCCUUCAAUACUUUUCAGAAAAUGUUUGUAAAAAACUGAACUGUGAAAAUUGUCUAAAUUAUUCAGUUACUGACCAACAGCUCUAGUUUGGCUAAAAUAUGUUGCAGCCAAAUAGGCAAAAAAAAUAACACAAUUGAAUUAAGAUUAAAUGGUCAAAGGUAAACAAGAUUUUUGGCUGAUUAAACCUAUUCUGAGGUACAAGUGUGGACAUGCUGUGAUUGAUGUUUCCCUGAUAGCAUAAUAUGAGAACUUCAAGGCGUGUCCACUGAGAAUAGAGGGCAGUGAGUGCAAGGACAGGGUGGAGGAUGAUAGUGAAUUGUCUGAUAAAGAUUAAUCCUCAGCAGAGGUUUAAUCAGACAGAAUAACUUAAAACACAUGUGGGUGUGUAAGGGCUUGAAACUCAACCUCCUGUAAAUACCCAGUUGGACUCUGGAUUGAAGUCAUAAAGCACCUUCACAGUCUGGUACUCCACAUAACACCAUCACCUCCCCAGUGCAUACCGUGUUAGUAGGACUGUUGCAUUUCUCAGUGGAUUAAUAGCAGAGCAUCCUGUUUAAAGAUUGGAUGAUAAUGUGGUCUUAUCUCUGCUGUAAAACAAUGUAGAAAAGCAAGUUCUAUCCGGUAUGUACAGUCUUAUUCAUGAUUUUAACAGUCUGCCAAAUGGGAAUUACAGAAGAAUGAUUUUGUGUUUGAAUGGUACAUUGUCAAGAACUAAAUGUAAAAAAAAUAAAUAAAUCCAGUGCAUGGACCGCUA